AUGAACACUACUAAAGUAAAUGAGAAAUAUAUGAAUGAAAAUAAUUAUAACAAAAGCACUGAUAUGUAUGUCAAACAAAUCAGUAAAGAAUCAGUGAAUUUGUGGUCAAAAUUUAAAUUAUUGUUCAAAACUGAAUUCACUCGACGAGAGAUAAUCUUAAUAUCAAUACUAAGUUUUGGUAACUUUUGUUUUGGAACCGCUUUUUCAAUUCAGGGACCAUUCUUUCCAUCCGAGGCACAUAAACGUGGCGUUAAGGAAACAUACAUUGGUCUCAUAAUAGGUCUGGGUGAAUUUGGAUUUGUGCCUGGAUCAAUUGUUGCUGGAUCUAUGUUAACCAGGAUGAAAAUUAAAAUAAUGUUAAUUAUUUGCUUAUGCUUAGUUGGUAUUGCUAAUAUUUUAUUUGGUUUAUUGCAAUGGUGUUAUACACCAAUAGUUUUUAUAAUUUGUGCCAUACUAUUACGUAUAUUAAUGGGAUUGGGUAUGGGCAUAUAUUUUACCGCAUGUUACAAUACUAUAUUUUUAUUAUUUCCAAAUCAUAUAUCAAGAUUAUAUGCAACUGUUGAAAUGUGUUACGCCGUUGGUAUGAUAUCUGGACCGGCAUUGGGUGGUGUACUAAAUGAAAUAGGCAAUCAUUUUAGUAGUGGAUUUUGUCUACCAUUCCUAUUGUUGGGAAUAUUACUUAAUAGUGCCGCUAUUAUAACAUUUCUAUCAAUACAUGCUCAAAAAAAAUUUGAAAGCACUGAAAGUACGAAUAUCUUGAGUAUGUUAUCAAAGUUUCCAAUAGUACUCAAUGUAUUCAUAAACUUUAAUGCCGGUGCUCUCAUUGGCUUUAAUACAACUACACUUGAUUUGCAUUUAGAAACAAUGUCUAAUUUGUCGCCAUCAUUGAAAGGUUCAAUAUUUUUAAUAUCAGGCCUAACAUAUGCACUAUUAAAUCAAGUUUGGGGUAAUAUGGCUGAACGUAUGGACAAUUGUUUUAAAAUAAGUAUAUUUGGUUGCAUAUCAAGUUUGAUAUGCUAUACUUUAAUUGGACCUGUACCAUUUUUACCAUUUAAACCUGUUUUAUGGCUUAUAAUUGUGACACAAGUUUUUCUGGGAUUUGGUGUCGGCUCACUAUUGGUGGCCAGUUUUGUUCAGGGAUAUCGGGAAACUAUCAAUUAUGGAUUUCCUAAAAGUCAAUCAACAAUAUCAAUAUUAUCCGGUUUGUUUGCAUCAUCUGAAGCUAUUGGUACUGCUUGUGGUCCAAUAAUUGGAGGUUUUAUCAUGGAUCAUUUUGGUUAUAGAUGGGCAACUGUACCUAAAAGAUUAAAUCCAAACAAAUCAAUUAAUCCGUGUAUAGUGGGUGGCAAUCAAGUUAUACAACACUCGUAUCCAUGGAUGGCAGCAAUCAUGUAUUUGUCACAUCCAUAUCCCUGGUGUGGCGGUUCACUAAUUAAUGAUCGUUACAUAUUGACAGCCGCCCAUUGUUUAAUCAAUAUGAAUAUCAGCAAUAUCAAAAUUGUACUAGGUGCUCAUCUAUUUAAAAAUGUAUCCAAUUAUUGGGAAAGGGGUACUCAGAUGCACGAUAUUAGUGACUACAUAAUCCACCAUGGUUAUAAUAAUAUGACUGAUAAAGAUGAUCUGGCUCUUAUUAAACUAAAAACACCUGUACUUCAAUUCGAUCGCACUGUUUGGCCAAUAUGUUUGCCUAUAAAUAAUAAUACAUUUGAAGGACAGUUGGCAACAGUAGUUGGUUGGGGUCAUACACAGUAUCUGGAAAAUCAAAGUGAAGUAUUACUAGAAGUCUCUCUUAAUGUUUGGAAUAAUAGUUAUUGUAUGGAAACAUUGAGGGACUGGCACGACAUACUGCCCGGUAUGGUGUGCGCUGGCGGUGAAGCACUGGGAGGUAAGGAUGCCUGUCAACAUGACUCAGGUGGUCCUCUUUUGGUUAAAUACGAUGAAACACCAAUUUGGAUGAUUAUAGGAGUUGUCUCGUGGGGUCUGGGAUGUGGUGAACCAAACACACCGGGUGUAUACACACGUGUCAGUGAUUAUACUAAUUGGAUUAGUAGUGUUAUUCAAAAUAAUAUUUAA